AUGGCCAUGUCGCGCAUCUUCUUCCUUGCGUGGGCUCUGAGCUGCGUGAAAGCAGUGAUGGGUGCAGGUACUUGCCAAGAAGCCGUGGAGGCAGCCUACGCGAACUGCCCUCGUGAGAUCGGAUGCCCGAGCUCCUGCGAGCGUCCUGCUUGUUCCGCAAUCGUUGCCUGCCCCCCCGGCUCCACCUACACCUUGAAUGGCACGACCUACUCGGCGGAGCGGGUGCAGUCGCUGGCGGAGGCAUUCUUUUCCCGAUGCUCCUGUUCGCCUGUGGCCUCGGCAGAAGCUCCGGUCUACCCAUGA